AUGAUUUCAAGACAUCUUAUCAUCGGCACUGCUUGUUUGAUAUUAGGAGGCAUUAUUGGAAUAAAAACAACAAUUUAUUGGCUUCUAUUUUUUCUCACAUUUUUAUUUGGGUUUGUGAUUCAUCUGAUUGUUCAUAGAUCAAAAUGGUUAAAGUCAAGUUUAAUACAAAGAACUAUAAAAACAUCAUUUAACAAAGGAAAAUUAAUUACUCAUAUUGAUGACGUUGGUAAUGACUCAUCGUCACGUUUGAAUGAUCGUGUACCAUUAACAGGAAUACCUGUUAUUGAUGAACCACUUUACGAAACAAUUGAUUUAUUUGUUCGUGAUUAUGUUGAAGUUUGGUAUAAAACGCAGUUAAGUUCUGAUGAAUCAUUUAUUCGUGAUGUUAAAAAUGGAAUUUAUAUAACAAUUCAACAUUUGGCAGAAAGAUUACGUGAAAUAGAUUGGUUAGAUUUUUGUACUGGAACAGUUGUUGAUAGUUUUGCAACACAUGUUCGAUUAUAUCGAAAAGCUAAAGAACGCAUGCGAUUAGAACAAUCGACAGAUAUUCGAGCAUGCUUUUUUGAUUUGGAAGCUGAGUAUGAAAGAGGAAUUUGUCGAGAUGAAGUUUGUAUGGAAAAAGAUAAAGAAAAAGAAUUUCUUCGUGAUAUUGUUGAAGUGUUAAUUUAUAUUUUAUUACCUGCUAAUGAAUUUCGUUGUGUUCCAGCUCGAAUGCUACUCAGAUGUCAACAAUUUCCAUUAACAAUCGAUAAUUUUCUUCUUGUUGCACGAACUACUGAUUCAAGCGCGGAAUUAUCAACAUUAGCUGAACGAAUUAGUAUUGAAAUAAAUCGAUGGCGUUCAAAAGAUACCGGAGGAGAAAAUGAUGCAGAUAUUCGUGCAACAUUAAAUAGUUAUCAAUAUUUUAAAAAAUUACUCUCCGAAAGAUUAGAAAAACAAGCACAAACAAUGGCAUUUGAUGAUGAUGAACUUUUACAAAAAGUGACCUAUCAUGAGUUGCCAUUAACAGAAAUAUUGAAUAAUUGUAAUGGCCUGGAUUAUUUUUUAAAAUUUCUUCAAACUAUUGAUGCUACUGGUUACGCAAAUUUUUAUCUUAAUGCUGAAGCAUUUCGAUGUGCUGGUUUAGCAGUACAACAACAAAAUAUGAAUACAACAGGUGAACAACAUCAAACUAAUUUAGAAAUACUUAGACAUAUGGCCUAUGAUCUUAUUGAACAAUAUUUUCUUCCAACAGGAACAUUGAAAUUACCAAUGGAUGAAAAUCUCAUACAGAAAACAUUGAAAAUUUUAAAAACAGAAUCAAUGAAUGAAACAUUACUUGAUGGACUUCAAACAAAAGUUUUUGAAAUUCUUUCAUCGGAUAAAUAUUAUGGACAAUUUAAAACAACAUCACAAUAUUUAAAAGUUUUAAGUGAAAUUGAUCUUACGGAUUCAUUAAAUGAUAAUUCAGAUGCUGCUUCAGUAUCAAGUAAUAAUAGCAAUGAUAUCUUAGCUGAUUUUGCUGAACAACAACAUAAUUCAAAUAUUCCUUCUUCUCCAGGGGCGAUUAUUAGCAGUACAACUACUGUUGUACCUGACAUGCUUGAUAAUAUAAAUAAUUAUUCAAUUACAACAGAAAUAAAUGAUUCUGGUGUAUGUUGUGAAAAAGGUGAAAAAUAUGCCAUUUAUGUUAUAUCUGUGUCUUGUAAACCAUUACAUAUUCAUGGCAAUAAUAUUGAUGAUUUAAGACGUGAAUGGAUAACAUAUCGUCGUUAUAGUGAAUUUAAUGAUCUUGAUAUAGCAAUAAAAAAACGAUAUCCUGAUUUACGUGAAUUUCUUCGUUUACCUCAUAAAAGUUUAAUUAAUAAUACAAGCGCAGAAGUACGAUUAAAACGACAAAAAGAAUUGAAUGAUUAUUUAUCAACGUUAACAAAAACAAGAGUUCUUCAAAAUCAUCCACAAAUUAGUGAACUUGUAUUGAAAUUUUUAAAAAAUCAGCAAUGGAAACAUGAACAAACAGAAUUCGUUCGCAAGAUGGAUACAAUCGUGAAUCCAUUUAAGCAAGCAUCAAUUGGUAUUGUUAGAGGUGUAUCAAAAUUAGGUGAUGGAUUAACAAUUGUGUCGGAUAGUGUUGUUGAAAAUGCAGGAAAAUUGUUUCGAACCAAUGCACUUAAUUCUAAUCAAACAAAUAUUCAUUUAACAAGAGAUUUGCAAUCAUUUCCUAGUGUUGAAGAAGCUCAAGCUGAAAGUGCUAAAAAUAUUCCACUUCGUGUUCUACUUGUUAUCAUGGAUGAAGUAUUUGAUCUUAAACAAAAAAAUAUGUGGUUCCGUUCAAGAUUUGUAUCAAUAUUAAAACGAUUUUUGCGAGCAUUUAUGGGCGAUUCAGUGAAUCGCCGUAUUGCAACGUUUAUUCAACAUUGGACAUCAGCACCAAAAAUUGCUAAAGAAAUUAAGCGUUUCAAAGAUGACUUUUGGCCAAAUGGUGUCUUAGCUGAUAAAACACCUGAACGUGAUGCAAGUGUACGCAAUGUAACGCAAGUACUCUGCAAAGCAAAACUACUCGGCAUUGUUUCAGACGAACUUCGUCAUAUAAUUGGUAGUGAAACAACUCGUCGUGGUCUAUUACGUUUAUUUGAAUUAUUACAAAAUGAAACUCUUAAUCGUCGAUUUGUAUAUAUUGUUUUUGAAGCAUUACUUAUAAAAUUAUUUCGACCGAAUGAUCUACAUUUAAUAUUUGAAAAACUUUAUUCACAAUCGGCACGUGUCAAAGAAGAAUAUCGAAGACGAAUAUUUGAACAAGAUCAUUUUCAUAAUGGAAUUUUAAAUACACAACAUCAUUAUAACGAAUCAAAUCAACGUCCGUAUUAUUUGAAUCGUUUAUCUGUACGAACUGAUGAUGAUUACACCAGUUUACAUCGUUCGAAUAGUAGUCCCCAACAAAAACAAUUGCCGAGAAGUUUAUCAAAAAUCUCAAGAUGA